CGUCUGAGCAUCUGGGAAUCGGGCACGACAAACAACAGCACCCAAGGAAACCUUCAUUCACUUCCACCUCCUCACUCUCUGGCUUCCUAUAUCUCGUUCGCAAUUGUCAGGAGGGGUUGAAGGAAACAGUCAAGAUGUCGUUUAGGCCGGGCGCUCGCAUCUUUUCCGCUCUCCGGACCACAUUUCGCCAACCGCUGCUAUUUCGCCGGCGCGUUCAGACCAGUGCUGCAGAUGCUGCGGGAGAGCAGAAUGGGUUUGCGAAAUUGUGGAAUAGCCCUGUUGGGCCGAAGACGGUGCAUUUCUGGGCACCUGUAAUGAAAUGGGCCCUCGUUCUAACUGGCGCUUCCGACUUCACGCGUCCGGCCGACCAACUCUCCCUGACACAGAAUCUGGCUCUCAUGUCUACGGGUGCCAUAUGGACGCGCUGGUGCUUCAUCAUCAGGCCGAAAAAUAUAAUGCUUGCGGCGGUCAACUUCUUCCUGUUCAUUGUGGGGUCAACGCAGGUUGGCCGGAUUCUGCUGCAUAAGCGUAGCCUGAAGAGUGCUGGGGAGGAUAUCAAGCUCGAGACGAAGGAGCUUGGGCGGGAUCUCAAGGAGGCGGGAAGUAAGGUUGAAGCGGCGGUGAAAAAGGCGUGAGUGUGUACGAUGUUGUGGCAUGUUUCGAGAAAAUGGUGGAGCCUGGAUGCGGUGGCAAGAGGGUGCGGGUGGGGUGUCGCGUGAGCAUCAUACCAGAUGCGGGACACUGAUGUCUCAUAGGAUUUGGCAUUAGAGCUUGGAGUUUCUUCGGCGGAUUCGAAUGGUCCCUUUUAGCAGGCAAACAUAGCUUAACCAAAUGCACUGUUUUGCCAUAUUC